UGAAAUUGGGGGGUACAAUCUUUGAGUCUCUUAGGCUGUUGAGUGGAAUUUGCCGUCGAAUACAAGAAUUAUAUGGGAACAUACCUAGCUUCAUUCAGACAAUGGCUACCAACUGUCGUUAUGACAUUGUUGAAAACGAUGGUGCUUAUUUAUUUACUUUUCUAAUUCCACUGUGUUACAUUUAUUAACUUUUAAUGUUCGAUUCACUGCUUUCUUUCAUACUCCAGUAACCCUAGCUCACCUUGCGAGCUGACCAUUCUCUUGAGGCUGAGCUUGCCUAACCAUUCGGAUAUAGCACGUGAUUCGCUAUCCAUCCGAGGUGUGUCCAAACUCCAAGAUCAUAAACGAUGGCACUGCAUUCUUCGCCUGGAAAUGGCGUCUUGAUGCCUCAUAUUCAUGACCUGGGUCUUCUGAAGGAUUCUCUAGGACGAUGGGCAUCGGGGCAAGGCAUCACGCGCUUAGGUUCGCUAGCCGCGUGCAUCAGCGUCGCGCCCGUCGCUUGGCGCUUUCUAAAGGCAGCCUGGACAGAAUCGUACAGCUGGAUCCGGCAGUUCUUCGUCGCAUCGGUCACGGUACCCGGGAGGGAUCCUCUGAACAGGAAUGUCAUGAGCUGGGUCAUAGCUAACGUUGUGCAACAUCGUGGGAUUCGAUCUUUCACAGCAACGACACGGGUUCAUGCGGGAGAUAUUGUGGACAGGGCUGCUUUUCUGAAAAAGAAGCGGCGAGUUGUCCAGUACCUUCCACACUUCGACACCACUAUUUUCUGGCAUGGGUCUUGCUUAUAUUUCGUUUCGCGGCCUCUAGACAGUUAUCGUGCGUCAAUGAGCGACCCAUCGUACGACGGUAUUGGAGGCGAGGAGCUCACUAUAGGCUGUCUAGGAUGGUCAACUGAGCCUAUUAAGAAGCUCAUCCAGACAUGCCAGGACUAUGCCGACAAGCAGGCAGAAUUCUUCGUCAUAAUUUAUGCCCGCGAUCGGUAUGGGAGUUCUUGGCAGCCCAAAGCUCGAAAACCAAUCCGCCAACUUGACUCGGUUCACUUCGAUGAUACACUCAAGGCAACGCUUUUGGCCGAUAUACGGAAUUAUCUCGACCCCGGCACGAAAAGGCUGUACCGGGGCCGCAACAUGCCAUACCGGAGAGGCUAUCUCUUUUAUGGCCCUCCUGGAACGGGAAAGUCGUCGCUCUCCACAGCUUUGGCAGGGGAAUUCGGCCUUGACCUUUACGAAGUGAAAAUCCCUUGUGUCGCGAGUGAUCAGGACUUAGAGCAGAUGUUCAUGGAGAUUCCUCCUCAGUGUAUCGCGCUCCUGGAAGAUGUCGACGCCAUAUGGACAGACCGAGACUCUGAGAAGGAUGAGGGUCAAGGUGUCACUCGGUCAAGCUGCACGCUAUCUGGUCUGUUGAAUGUGCUAGACGGUGUCGGGUCAGGUGAGGGUCGCAUUGUAAUUAUGACAACGAACAAGCCCGAUCGUCUUGAUAGCGCAUUGGUACGCCCCGGACGAGUCGACUUGAAAUUGAUGCUAGGGAACAUUAGCCGAAAGUCGGCAGAGCAGAUGUUUGUUCGCAUGUUUGCGCCCGACACUGCGAGUUCGCCUACCCCAGCCAAAAGCACGCAUGAGACAGUAGGCUCAAAUGGUGAACCUGCCCUCUUCGACCUAGAAACACUACACAAACUUGCUUUGGAGUUCGCAUCGCAAAUCCCUGAAGACACAUUUACCCCUUCACAGCUGCAGGGGUUUUUCCAACUGCACCUGAAUAGUGCGACUGAAGCAGUCGCCAACAUCUCAAGUUGGGUAGGUAGGGAACUAUCGAGGUCGCCCCCAGACGACGACAUAUCCGUCGUGAGUGAAGAGAAGACAUCUUGAUUUGUUUUGGGGUUGGGAUUUCACAUAACUUUCGUUGUAUAUUAAACUUGUAUUAUUAAUCUAUAGACAUAGAGCCAUGUGUGUAUCUUGAUGGCUAGAAUAUGGACAUGGGGCAAGGUUUAGAUGCAUUUAGGGGAACAUGAAGACCAGCCUGAGACGAUUGGCAUAUCGUACGUAGGCUGGCGCCAAUAGGCUCUGCAUUUCAGGAUGCAUAUAUGGUGUUUCGUCUAGAACAUAGAAGGUAAAGAGACGAAUUAAUAAUAGCCCUAAUUCCAAGCUUCAAAGUUCGACUGCA